AGUGCACUUCCGCGAAUAUCCUCCUGGGACCCAGCGUCCAUUUAAAUGGACAUGCAGUUUUAUACUUCCAGUUUCGUUAAUUUAAUAUUUACGCAGCGUAGACCUCGCAUCCACUACGUUGGACACUUCCGUGCUGUCGCCUAGUCCGAUUCGGCCGACUUUAGUCUCGCACCUGCGCCGUGAAUCAGUAAGUUUGUUUUCUGUUGUGAUGGCGGCUGCACGUGAUUCUCGUUUAGAUGGAGGAUAUACGCUGUAUGAGUAGUUUUCUGACAAGUUUCUUCAUUAAUAUUAUUAUUAUAAUAUUCUUCAGUCCGUCGCUAGUCGAGUACCGAUACUCCGAGUAGCUGAAACACGCGAGUGACCGGAACCUAUAUAACACUGUCCAGCUCCACCCUAUAUGCCUGUGCGCCUACAGUGAUAGAGAAUGGACGAGCACGACAGAGACAUUGAUAUAUCUGUUCGAGAAGGAAGUUCUGGCAGCCGCGUUAAACAGCCCAAAACUCCCGAGAAACGAAGGUUAAACAAGCAACAAAAAUAUGUUGAUAAGGAUCCUGGACUAUUAAAGUUUACGAGACCAUGCAAUCAUAACACUACUAGUUAUAAGUGCAGUACUGUUGCCUAUGGAUAUGAGGUUAUGUCACAUGCUGGAAUUUUUUGUGGAGAAUUUAAUAUAGGUUUUUCAUCACCUGCAGCAGACUGUUGUGCUCUAUGCAUACGUCUUAAAGACAAUAUAAGAAAUGAAAAAGAUCCCAAAAAAAAAUCUGACCUGAUGAUCGAACGUCAAAUACAUAGAAAGAGGGCAGACGCUUUCUACAAACUUGCAAAAGAAGAUUCUCCAAAUUCAAUAACUUUUUGCUUUGAUAUGCAGCAGGUGCAACCAUUGCCUCGCACCCCCAUUUACUUUCACCAAGUGAGUCUCUACAUAUUUUGUUGCGUCGACAUGAACUCAAGGCACCCUACAUUUUACACCUGGACUGAGAUACAAGCUGGUCGUGGGUCAGUUCAGAUAGGUUCAGCUCUAUUAAAUUAUUUGGAUUCACUGGAACUCGAAGACAUUGAAGUAUUAAGACUAUUUUGUGACGGUUGUGGGGGCCAGAACAAAAACUCGCAUAUUGUACAUGCCCUUUAUUUUUGGCUCAAAAAUAGGCCCCCCGGCACUUUAAAAGAAAUCCAGUUGACUUUCCCAGUUCGAGGACAUAGCUUCCUUCCAGCAGAUAGGGUUUUUGGCCGUGUGGAAAAAUCUUUAAGAAAAAACCCAACAAUAUUAAGCAAGGACGAAUACUUUGAAAAAUAUUCUGAGUUUGGAACUGUGAAAGAACUUGGCAUUGAGUGGAAUCUUUACGACAUUAAAAAUCUGCAAGAUUGUCUUAAGAAAAUUGUAGGUAUUUCCGACUACAAGCGAAUCCUUAUCAAGAAAAUAGGACAAGAUAUCGUGAAAGUACAAUGUCAUCAGAAUUUUAGAAUGGAAAUUUUAAAUGAAGCACCCCAACAAAUUCUUAAAAAACGAAAAGAAGUUCCAAUAGUAUUAGAAGAAAUUCCUUUAACGCGAUCUCUUCCCGAGAAAAAGAAAAAAUCCCUAGCUCAUCUGAUGGCUCAACAGUUUGGUACAACCUGGGAGAAUAAUGAAAAUCUAGCGCGGUACAAAAAUAUAUUGCGUGAAGCUCAACUUGAAGCAGGUGCCGUCGAAGCUCAAGAACAAAAUGAGAACGAACUUUGCGAUUGCCUCGAGGAUGACCAAGGAAUACAUAUUUAA